AUGAGUGAGGCUACAGCAUUGAAGUUGCCAGAGUCGACCCCUUUCCCUAUCAAUGUUUUUUCCGUUCUUAUUAGAAAGGGCGAAACAGUUUCAAAACAUCAACAGGUAAUACGGUAUACAUAUUGGGAGUUUCAGGACGCUCCAGAAGCUGCAUCAGAUUAUGACGAAGACAAUAAAAGUUAUAUCUCCAAAAAUAAAGUCAGAGUAGACUUGGUAGGAUCUUAUGAAUCACCAAUUGAUGGUGUUGUUGAAGAAGUUCUUAUCAGAAAUGGUGAUGAAGUUAUAUCCCAAGAUCAAGAAAUUGCCAAAAUCAUUGAACCUUGCACACAUUCCAUACAGUAUGGUGGUCUAUGCGCUUUAUGUGGUAAAUCAUUAGAUGAAGAAACUGAUUAUUCAGGCUUCAAAUAUGAAGACCGUGCUCCAAUUUCAAUGUCUCAUGGAACAAGUGAUUUAAAGAUCUCUAAGAGCGAGGCUCAAAAAGUUGAACAACUGAUGACAAAAAAUUUGAUCAAAGAGAAUAAAUUGAUUCUAGUUGUUGAUUUAGAUCAGACUGUCAUUCAUGCCACAGUGGAUCCUACAAUUGGUGAAUGGAUGAAUGACCAAAGUAAUCCAAAUUUUCCGUCUCUAAAAGAUGUUCAAUAUUUUUCAUUAGAAGAGGAACCAAUAUUACCACCAGGAUAUCAAGGACCGAGACCCCCAACUCACAAAAGAUGGUAUUAUGUUAAGAUGAGACCUGGCUUAGAAGAUUUUUUGAAGAGAAUUGCCAAAAUUUAUGAGCUACAUAUAUACACUAUGGGUACGAAGGAAUAUGCCAGAUCUAUUGCCAAAAUCAUAGAUCCCGAUGGUGAAUACUUUGGUGAAAGAAUCUUAUCAAGAGAUGAAAGUGGAUCUUUAACUCAAAAAUCAUUAGAAAGAUUGUUUCCGACUGAUACUUCAAUGGUCGUUAUCAUCGAUGAUCGAGGUGACGUUUGGAACUGGAGCGAUCAUUUAAUCAAAGUCGUUCCUUUUGACUUCUUUGUUGGUAUCGGUGAUAUAAAUUCGAACUUUUUACCAAAACAAAAAUCUUUAUUAGGUCCAACAAAAGGGCAUGGUUCAAUUGAGAAGCUUGAGGAACAGCUGAUUGAAGAAUUACAGGGAUCAGAAAAUUCCAAAGAGUCACAAAACUUGGAACGCAAGAUCGAAGAGAUUAAAGAAGACCAGCAAAUCAAACAAAAAGCUGAAGAUAAUAAAGAUUUGGAGCUUUCUGAAGAACAGACAGCAGAAUUAGCGGCUGCUCGCUCUUCUGAAAGAGAAGCUUCACUUGAACAACAAAAGUCUGAAAGACCCAUGGAAAAGCUACAGAAGAAUCUGGAUAAACUUUCAGAAGCUAAAAAUAAGCAUGGGAUUGAUAGAUUGUUAUAUGAUGACGAUGAUGAAUUGGUUGGUCUAGAAAAAGCAUUGAAUGAGAUUCAUGAAACAUUUUACUCAAUACUCAAAAAAAACCAAACGCACCCAGAUGUCAAAGAAAUAUUACCACAGAAAAAGCACGAAGUGUUCGGAGGUUUCAAUUUUGUGUUCUCAGGGCUAUUCCCAAUAGGUGGAAACAUCAAUAACGAACAUAUUGUGAUUUGGGUGAAGUCAUUUGGCGCUUCAGUCAGCACUGAUAUCACAAUGGAAACCACACAUGUUAUUACAAAAAGCCCCCAUACAUACAAAGCUAGACUUGCUAAAACAAUGAUACCCAAUGUAAAGGUGGUCCAUCCAAAUUGGUUGUUUGACAGUAUGUCAAAUUGGAGACCAGCAGAUGACAUACCUUUCGAAAUUAAAAUACCCAAGGAAAGAUAUUUACCAGAAAAAGAAGUUGAGAAAUACCAAGAAAAGCUUAAAAAUUCAGAGGAAAAAUUAAAUGAUAUUGAAAACAAUAUUGAAAAUGAUAAUUUGUUAGGUGGUAACAUGAAUUGGUUGGAUAUUGACGACGAAGUUGAAGAAUUCUUGAACUCAGAUAGUGAUGAGGAAGAAGACGAUAUCGAAGGUAAAAAUUCUAAUAAACGUGGUAUUGAUGGAGAUUCAAAUGCUGAUGAAUAUAAAAGAAGAAAACUGGACUCAGAAGAAAAUGAUGAAAGUGAUGAUGAUGACGAUUUUGCAGCCGAAUUGAUGCUGGAGCUUGACGGAGAUGACGAAUAA